AUGUCAGCAAACGACUCUUCUCCCCCAUCCUUACAGAAGUUUUCCCCACCUACAUGUCAUGCUGCUGCACCACACACCCCAAGUUUGUCUUCAAGUCCCCAGUCGGGGCUCUCCAGUCGACUGUCCAAUGGCAGUUUCAGUACCCAGAGCCUUACCAACUCCCGAGGCUCUAUGCAUGGGGUCUCUUUCCUUCUGCAGAUUGGUCUCACUCGAGAGACUGUCACCAUUGAAGCUCAGGACCUGUCCCUCUCUGCUGUUAAAGACCUCGUGUGCUCUAUAGUUUACCAGAAGUUCCCAGAGUGUGGUUUCUUUGGCAUGUAUGACAAAAUUCUCCUCUUCCGUCAUGACCUGAACUCAGAUAAUAUUUUGCAACGAAUUACAUCAGCAGAAGAGAUACAUGAGGGAGAUCUUGUUGAGGUUGUGCUCUCUGCUUUGGCUACAGUUGAAGAUUUCCAGAUUCGUCCUCAUGCACUUUAUGUGCAUUCCUACAAGGCUCCUACUUUCUGUGACUACUGUGGAGAGAUGCUUUGGGGUUUGGUACGACAAGGAUUAAAAUGUGAAGGUUGUGGGUUGAACUACCAUAAGCGAUGUGCCUUCAAGAUUCCAAAUAACUGCAGUGGAGUGAGAAAGAGGCGUCUGUCUAAUGUGUCUUUACCAGGAGCAGGGCUUUCAGUUCCAAGACCAGCACAAGCUGAAUACACAUCCUCUGCCUCUGAAGAACGCUGCUGCCCAGAACCUAGUAAGAGGAUUCCUUCCUGGAGUGGCCGACCCAUCUGGAUGGAAAAGAUGGUGCUUUGCAGAGUAAAGGUUCCACACACCUUUGCCGUUCACUCGUACACUCGCCCCACCAUAUGCCAGUAUUGCAAACGUCUCCUCAAGGGACUCUUCCGCCAAGGAAUGCAGUGUAAAGAUUGCAGAUUCAACUGUCACAAACGCUGUGCAUCUAAAGUACCUAGAGAUUGUCUUGGAGAGGUGAUUUUCAAUGGAGAACCUGCUAGCCCAGGUCAGGACUUGGACAUGCCAAUGGAAGUUGAUAGCAGUGAAAUGAACAGCGAUGGUAGUCGAGGUCUAGAUGAUACUGAAGAGCCCUCUCCUCCAGAGGACAAAAUCUUCUUUAUGGAUCCAUCUGACCUUGAUGCAGACAAGGAUGAGGAAGCUGUCAAAACCAUUAGUCCUUCAACAAGCAAUAAUAUUCCUCUCAUGAGAGUUGUACAGUCGAUCAAGCACACAAAGAGGAAGAGCAGUACAAUGGUAAAGGAAGGAUGGAUGGUCCACUAUACUAGUAGAGACAAUCUGAGAAAAAGACAUUACUGGAGACUGGACAGCAAAUGCCUCACGCUAUUUCAAAAUGAAUCUGGAACAAAAUACUACAAGGAGAUUCCACUUUCAGAAAUUCUCCAGGUGACUCAGCCUCGAGAUUUUUCAAACGUGGUGCAGGGCAGCAACCCAUACUGUUUUGAGAUCAUCACUGACACGAUGGUGUACUUUGUUGGCGAAAACAAUGGCAGCAGUCAUCACAGUCCUGUUCUUGCUGCCACCGGAGUUGGACUUGACGUAGCUCAGGGCUGGGAGAAGGCCAUUCGUCAGGCUUUGAUGCCAGUCACUCCUCAAGCUAGCAUUUGCACUGCUGCAGGACAAGGAAAAGAUCACAAAGAGUUAUCUCUAAGCAUCUCUGUUUCAAAUUGCCAGGUCCAGGAGAAUGUGGAUAUCAGCUCUGUGUACCAAAUAUUUGCUGAUGAAGUGCUGGGUUCUGGUCAGUUUGGUAUUGUAUAUGGAGGAAAGCAUAGGAAGACUGGAAGAGAUGUAGCUAUCAAAGUCAUUGACAAGAUGAGGUUUCCAACAAAACAGGAAAGUCAGCUUCGUAAUGAAGUAGCCAUUCUCCAGAAUUUGCACCACCCUGGGAUCGUGAACCUGGAAUGUAUGUUUGAAACCCCAGAACGUGUCUUUGUGGUGAUGGAAAAGCUGCAUGGGGACAUGCUAGAAAUGAUUCUUUCCAGUGAGAAAAGUCGACUUCCAGAACGAAUAACUAAGUUCAUGGUCACUCAGAUACUUGUUGCUUUGAGGAAUUUACACUUCAAGAAUAUUGUGCACUGUGAUUUAAAACCAGAAAAUGUACUGCUAGCAUCAGCAGAGCCAUUCCCUCAAGUGAAGCUCUGUGAUUUUGGCUUUGCACGUAUCAUUGGUGAAAAAUCUUUCAGGCGCUCUGUAGUGGGUACACCUGCUUAUCUUGCCCCUGAGGUUCUCAGGAGUAAAGGUUACAACCGCUCUCUAGACAUGUGGUCAGUAGGAGUUAUUGUCUAUGUGAGCCUUAGUGGUACAUUCCCAUUUAAUGAAGAUGAGGAUAUAAAUGAUCAGAUUCAAAAUGCAGCAUUUAUGUACCCACCAAAUCCUUGGAAGGAGAUUUCUAGUGAAGCUAUUGAUUUAAUAAACAAUUUGCUUCAAGUGAAGAUGAGAAAACGUUUCAGUGUUGACAAAUCCCUUAGUCAUCCAUGGUUACAGGAUUAUCAGACUUGGCUUGACCUCAGAGAGUUUGAAACGCGCAUUGGAGAGCGUUACAUUACCCAUGAGAGUGAUGAUGCACGCUGGAAGGAACAUGCUUAUGAACACAACCUAGAGUACCCCCAGCAUUUUAUUAUGGCUCCUAAUCCAGAUGACAUGGAAGAAGACCCUUGAUUUAUUCAUUAUCCUAAGUUUCAGCAAAGAAGGACACUUCAGACAGAAACCGAAGAUAAGUUUUGGAACAACUUGUUGCUCUUUCCGAAUGCUGUACAUGUAAUUUGCUGUACAAAGCCCCAGA